UCUCUCUCUCUCUAGAACUACCUCCAUCAUUCUUAAGCAGCGCUCUCUCGUCUCCUCCUCUCAGAUCGUGAGAGCCCUAACCCUAGCCCUAGCAAUCACAUUCUCGUUUCCUCCAUCGAUCAUGUAUCGAGCAGCAGCCGGCCUCGCCUCCAAAGCCAGGGCUGCAAGCAGCAGCGGCCGUCAGAUCGGGAGUAGGCUUGCUUGGAGCAGAAAUUAUGCGGCCAAGGACAUCAAGUUUGGGGUUGAGGCUCGAGCUUUGAUGCUUAGGGGUGUUGAAGAGCUUGCAGAUGCUGUGAAGGUUACCAUGGGACCUAAGGGUCGCAAUGUUGUUUUAGAGCAAAGCUUCGGUGCACCAAAAGUUACAAAGGAUGGUGUUACUGUUGCGAAGAGCAUCGAGUUUAAAGACAGAGUGAAGAACAUGGGUGCAAGUUUGGUGAAACAGGUUGCAAAUGCAACCAAUGAUGUUGCUGGUGAUGGUACGACAUGUGCCACUGUCCUUACGAGAGCAAUAUUCACUGAAGGGUGCAAGUCAGUGGCAGCUGGCAUGAAUGCAAUGGAUCUAAGGCGUGGUAUUUCAAUGGCAGUUGAUUCUGUUGUAACUAACUUGAAGAGUAGGGCCAGAAUGAUCAGCACAUCAGAAGAGAUUGCCCAGGUUGGCACUAUCUCAGCUAAUGGAGAAAGAGAAAUUGGUGAACUCAUUGCAAAGGCCAUGGAGAAAGUUGGGAAGGAGGGAGUCAUCACUAUUCAAGACGGAAAAACACUUUACAAUGAGUUGGAAGUUGUUGAAGGUAUGAAACUCGACAGGGGUUACAUAUCACCUUACUUCAUCACUAACCAGAAGAAUCAGAAAUGUGAAUUGGAAGAUCCUCUCAUCUUGAUUUAUGAGAAAAAGAUCUCUAGCAUGCAAGCAGUGGUAAAGGUGUUGGAAUUGGCACUGAAGAGGCAAAAGCCCUUGCUUAUUGUUGCUGAAGAUAUUGAAAGCGAUGCGCUUGCAACUCUUAUCCUCAACAAGCUUCGUGUUGGGAUCAAGGUUUGUGCUAUUAAAGCACCUGGGUUUGGAGAAAAUAGGAAAGCCGGUCUGCAGGAUCUUGCUGUUCUCACUGGUGGAGAGCUCAUCAACGAGGAUCUUGGCAUGAAUCUAGAGAAGGUGGAGUAUGACAUGCUUGGUACCUGUAAGAAGGUGACAAUAUCAAAAGAUGAUACUGUUGUUCUUGAUGGUGCUGGUGACAAGAAAGCCAUUGAAGAGAGAUGUGAUCAGAUAAGGUCCGCAGUCGAAGCAAGCACUUCUGACUAUGAUAAGGAGAAGUUACAAGAGAGGUUGGCAAAGCUUUCCGGUGGAGUAGCUGUUCUCAAGAUUGGAGGAGCUAGUGAAGCAGAAGUCGGUGAGAAGAAAGAUAGAGUUACUGAUGCUCUAAAUGCAACAAAGGCUGCAGUUGAAGAAGGAAUUGUUCCAGGUGGUGGUGUUGCCCUCCUUUAUGCAUCCAAGGAGCUAGAUAAGUUGCAAACAGCCAACUUUGAUCAGAAGAUCGGUGUUCAAAUUAUUCAGAAUGCUCUGAAGACUCCUGUUCAUGCAAUUGCAUCUAACGCGGGAGUUGAGGGGGCUGUUGUUGUUGGCAAGCUUUUGGAACAGGACAAUCCAGAUCUUGGAUAUGAUGCUGCGAAAGGUGAAUAUGUUGACAUGGUAAAGGCUGGUAUUAUUGACCCGUUGAAGGUUAUUAGAACUGCUUUAGUGGAUGCUGCAAGUGUUUCCUCAUUGAUGACAACCACCGAGGCUGUUGUCGUGGAGCUCCCUAAAGACGAGAAGGAUACACCACCAAUGCCUGGAAUGGGCGGCGGCAUGGGCGGAAUGGAUUACUAAACUAAGUUCACAUGAAGGUGUACCAAUCUCAAAUAUAUAAAUUAGGAUCAGAAACAUGACCUUUAGUUCAUAGGUUUUUCAUGUUUAACUCAUUGGCAUGAAAUGAGAUUUCUUUUUUGAUUUGGGCGAAGAUCAGUGUAGCUUGAGGGGAAACUGAGGAAUACUUUCGUUUAUUCGGCCUUGUAAUAGGAACCUGCCAUGAUUAUUUCCAUGAUGAGCUGUGGAACAAAAUGAAUAAAAUGACAAUAAUGCAAUGAUUCCAUCUUUUUCGUGUGC